AGCCUCCAGGAAGCCUUCCCGACCGCCCUGCGGCACUGAGCCUCUGUCCUCCGGUUGCCCCGAGAAACCGCAGCGCCCCUGCCACGGGGAUCAGGACACAGUGGGAACCCGGGAUCUGUUUGGUGGGUAUAUUUCUCAAGCUCUAGAACCGGGUGAUCCAGGCACUUCACUGACCUAGGAACGUGAAGGCAGAGAAGGAAGAGGCCUGGUUCGGAAUGCCCGGGGUUUAUGGUGAGCCAGAGGAGAGGAGGGAUGUGCCGGAAAGCUCUGGCGUUUCCUCUCAGCCCGAGCCACAAGUGCAGCAGCAACUGGGACGUGCGUAUGGAGUGCCCUGGCAGCCCCCCAGCCCCACGACAUGGCAUGGCCCUGCUGAUCAAGAGACAAGCAUGGUGACCCAGCAGCACUGGCAUCUUCAGGGCCUGGGUAGAUCUGAGCUCCAGGCUGCUGGGCUUCCUGACGCACAACCAGGAGAAGUAGCAGAGUCUGGCCCAAGCUUCCUACCGGGUUCUGAGGUUGGCCAGCCUUGCUCUUCUUCCCCUCCUGGUGAAGAAGUCCAGUCAUGGCUCAGAGCAAUUCCCCCCAUUCCAGAUGAAGUCGUGGUCAGGCAGAAGAGGGCCCCACAGGGCUCCUGGAAGGUCGGCACACUCCGCCAUGGAAAGAGAGUCUACACUGUGGCCAUCAGCGGCUCAACCCACCACGUGUACACGUGUGGCUCUGGCUACAUCAGGGUGUGGGAUGAGGGUGCAUUGCAUGCGGGGGGCAAGGUCCCUCAGGCCCAGCUGGACUUUCAGGACCGCCAGGACUGUGUUGUUACCUGUAAGCUGUUCCCUGAUGAACAGAGCCUGAUCACGGGGGGUGCCUCCCAGGCCGUGACUCUCUGGGACCUGGCACCCACCCCCCAGGUCAGGGCACAGCUGACCUCGACAGGCCCCACGUGCUAUUCCCUGGCUGUGUCCUCCGAUGCCCAUAUCUGUUUGGCUGGUUUCCAAGGAUUUGUUGAGAUUUGGGAUUUGCAAAACCAAAUCUUGAUCAGGAAGCACCAAGUUCCUGUAUACGCGUCCCGAUGUGUUGACAUCACAGGCAAUAUGUUCUGGACGGGAGGUGAAGACACCACCUUGUAUUCCUGGGACCUGAGGAGUUACCAGAGGCUGCACCAAUAUGACUUAGAGAAUGAGAUCCUCAGCAUUACCCAUGACCCCGGUGAAGAAUGGAUAUUGGCAGGCUUGAGAACAAGUGAUAUCGCAUUCCUUCACACUCUUCGGAAUGAGAAGUUUAAGGUUGUCAUGAAAAAAUACACCCGCCACCACAGCCUCAAGUUUGCUUCCUGUGGGAGCUAUUUUGUGACGGCAAAAGAUGCAUGCAUCAGUGGCUUGGAGGCACCUUCUUUACAAAAGUUGUUUCAGGUAGAGGAGUCUUCAGGUAUCCUGUGCUGUGACGUGUCCUCUGACAACCAGUAUCUGGUCAUGGGCUCUAAGAGCAGUGCCAUCAUCUAUCAGCUCUUGUAUUAAAGAUGGCAUGCUAUGACCCUGCCAGUGAAGGCCUAGUAUUUGGGCUGGUGUGGCUGAGAGGAUGGCUUCAGGGUGCUGGACACCUCUAAUGCCCACCACCGCCUCUGCCUUGGCUUUAGUGGCAGGUCAUCCCUCCCCUCCAACACCCCAUUCUCAGCCCACACUCCCAGAUUUUAAUCAGAUAACUUGGAGCUUUUUCCUUUGUUAUCUUUCUACCACCGAUUUCUGGGUUUUGGCAGGAAACUUGAAAUCCCUUUGUAAUGAAUAAAAUAGCAAAGCAGAAAACAAA